CCGAGGCGCGGGCCAAGUCGGCCGUGCGCGUCCGCCUGGAGGACCGCUUCAACAGCAUCCCAGCCGAGCCCCCGCCAGCCCCGCGCGGCGCGGAUCCCCCCGAGCCCGGCAUGGCGCUCAACAAUUUGGUAACUCUUAUUCGCCAUCCGUCCGAAUUAAUGAAUGUUCCUCUUCAUCAGCAACAAAACAAAUGUACAACAUUAGUGAAAAAUAAAACUGCUGCUGCAACUACUGCUCUGCAAUUUACAUACCCUCUGUUUACUGCAAAUAGUUGCUCUACUAGUGGAAAUUCUAAUCUUUCACAAACACAGAGUUCUAGUAACUCAUGUUCUGUACUUGAAGCUACCAAGCAUCAGGAUGUUGGGUUGCCAAGAGCAUUUUCUUUCUGUUAUCAGCAAGAAAUUGAAUCCACUAAACAGACUUUGGGUAGUAGAAACAAAGCUUUGCCUGAGCAGGUUUGGAUCAAAGUUGAAGGAGAAGCGCUAUGUAAACAAGCAAUAAAUAAGAGGAAUCGGAGUAGGAUACGUCAGUUGGACACAAACAUAGAACGAAGAGCCCUUGGAGAGCUCCAGAAUGUGGGUGAAGGCUCCACAGCAGCGCAGGGUGCUUGGCAGUCGGUGGAGUCGUCCCAGGCCACCUUCGGGGAGCAGACCCAGAGCGGGCCCCAGCGGGGCCGGUCCCAGCGCAGGGAGAGGCACAACCGCAUGGAAAGAGAUAGAAGGCGCAGAAUCCGCAUUUGUUGUGAUGAGUUGAAUCUUUUAGUCCCGUUCUGCAACGCCGAGACCGAUAAGGCAACGACUCUGCAGUGGACCACAGCGUUCCUGAAAUAUAUUCAGGAAAGACAUGGAGAUUCUCUUAAAAAGGAAUUUGAGAGUGUAUUUUGUGGUAAAACUGGCAGAAGGCUAAAGUUGACCAGACCAGACUCCUUGGUGACGUGUCCCACACAGGAGAGACAGAGUAGCCCAGCUAUGGAGAUCAAGUGA